AUGGAUGACCAGGAAGAGAAAGAGGAAGGCUUUGAGGCUGCUGUAGGUUUGCAGAGGGACCAGGGUGACAUUCUUCCGUGUGACGGCAUGCAGCAAGAAGAGAAGGAUCUAUCGGCUGAAGAGAUAGCAUUUUUGGAAGAGUUCGCGGUCAUGAAAGGGGAGCUAGAAGCGGGCAUCAGAAAGCUCCACGCCCUUGCAGACCACAUUGACACAACCCACCAAACGCUCGCCAAGGCCAACAUGGCGGCCAGCUCCAUGGCAGUGGUCUCUGGAGCCAUGAGCAUCCUGGGUCUGGUCCUCGCUCCAGCCACGGCAGGAGGAAGUCUGAUGUUCUCCGCUGCUGGUAGAGGUUUGGGGACAGCUGCUGGGGUCACCAGCAUCUUGGCCCACAUUUUGGGACACUUUUGGCAUCACGAAGCCCGAGCUCAGGCCAGCAGCUUAGUGCCCAGCCAUGGCCACGAGGCCUGGGAGCCUGGGCGACGGAAGGCAUCUUACCUCGUGGCUGUUGGAAAGAUGGCCUAUGAUUGUGGAAGUGCCAUGGAGGAGAUUAAGAAGAACAUCCGUGCCUUUCGGAUAGCCAGAGCCCACCCGCGUCUGGCCACUGCUGCCAAGCGUCUCCUGACCACUGGCCAAGUCUCAGCCCGGAGGAGCAGGCAGGUGCAAAGGGCCUUCAAAGGCACAACGCUGCUGAUGCCAACAAAUGUCCGCUUGCUGGGGAGUGCGAUGGUGGGCUUAUCCCUCAGCCAGGACCUGACCGCCCUCCUGAAGGACUGGAAGCAACUGAAGGAAGGAUCAACGACAAAGUCUGCGGAGGAGCUGAGGGCCCGGACUUGGGAGCUGGAAAGGACGCUGACAGAACUCACCCAGCUAUACAGGAGCCUGCAGCGGAGGAAACUCUUGCAAGAGGAAAGGUCCAGGAGCUCAUCUUCAGGCGGAGCCGCGGGGUCUCUGCCCCAGCCCCCAGCCAGGCGUGGGGAAGCAGCACCCCAGGGCAGGCUGAGCCCAGGGGCCUCUGAGCAGAAUUAAACGGGACAGGGUGGAGGCGGGCUGGGUUGGCAGAAGUGAUGCCUGGAGACUGAGCAGCCGGGAGGUGUGCCUGCGUCCUGGGGGCGCUGUCCGCUAGUAAGGGUUGUGAGGUCUUGCCUCUCCUUUGCCACCUGGCUUCUUCAUUGUCCCCCAUUCGUCUCUGGGGGCCACCUCAUCGCCACUGCUUUGUCUGCCCCCCAUUCACUCACUUGCACGCAGGCUCUCUGCUAA